CAAAUCAUGCAACUCGCAUAUUUAAUAGUUUUGAUAUUGAUGUGUGGAUUUUGUUCCAGACUUCAGACUAUCUCCAAUCACACAGUCCAGCGAGGAUCUGAUGUGACUUUGCGAUGUGAUGUUCCUCUACUUUCUGAGUCUUCAACAUUACAGUGGAUUAAAGACACAGGACAAACAUCCAACACAACCCUUGUAUAUAACAACUCUGCCUACAUCAUCUUACACAAUGUAGAUGAUCACAGUGAAGGAAUAUACUACUGUAAAAUGAUUGAAAAUGGAAGUGUGGACACUGUUAUUAAUCACACAAUUAAUGUCACUACAUAUGCAGAAGGUAAAAAGCAUACCCUCUACAGACAAAGCUCCAGUCACAGUGAUUUAUUACUGAUCUUCAAGUCUAAAACGAAUUACCAAAGGCUGGUGUGGACCUGGGAGUCGGCGCGUCAUUCAAAAACCGAACUGAUAGCUGUAGAAAAAGGAGGAGAAGUUCAAGUUAAAGGACCAAUUAAACUGGGUCAAAAAAUUACUACCACAUACAACGGUCAAUGUUUCCUCCUUCACAUUUCACCUGUUAAGUUCAAUUAUAAUGGGAUUUACAGGAGUUUUCCUGAUUCUAAUAAAUCUCCCUACACAUCCACAAUACUUCACACCAUCAGAGUGUCUGCAGAGCCCUCUGGUGUUGUGUUGAGGAAUCAGUCUGUGAUUCUUACUUGUGAGGUGUCUGAUGUGUCUGAUUCAGUGACAUUGGUGUGGCUCAGGAUGGAGGGGAACAUAACGGUGCAGGUCAAACAGGCAAACAACAAGACACUUCUCACUGUACAUGUGAGCAGCUUUCAGUCAGAUCUGUUGGACUGGCAGUGUGCUGUUUUUACUGAGAACACACUCAGAGCGGUGGCCUCUUUCGGUUCUAUCUUAUCAACAACAGAUGCUGCAGUUCUCAGCAAAGCUGGAAAGAUUACUGUGGUCAUUGUUGUGAUGCUGUUUGCUGGAGUGCUGCUGGGAGUUCUUGUGUAUUACACGUACAGAAAACAAACGCCAGUGUCUGAGGAGUCUGAACCAGUGUAUAUGAAUAUUAGUAAAACCAUGAAUGACAGAGGUAUCUUCUUUUAUUUACUUAUUAACAUGGGUUUAGGAUCUACUGUAUGUAGCUAUCAGUUUGAUUUAAAUGUGGCCCACUCAUGAUAUUCAAUAGCUAUUGAUUAAUUUAUUUGAUUUAUCAUCAAUAUUUUAUAAUAUUAUUGUUUAUUU